CACAAAGUAUAAUGCCCAACAGUAAGAUAAUGUACUAUCCGCAGCAGCAACAAGCUAAGAACAUGCAUGCUUUAAGGAUGCAUAACCCUACUGAGACGCAUAUGAUGAUGCAUGAAGGCAAUGGAACUGGUGAUUUAACACUUGUUCUUUCAACCGAUGCUAAGCCUAGACUAAAAUGGACACUAGAUCUUCAUGAACGGUUCAUAGAAGCAGUCAAUCACCUUGGAGGAGCAGACAAAGCUACACCAAAAACAAUAUUGAAACUGAUGGGGAUUCCUGGACUUACUCUCUGCCAUUUAAAGAGUCAUCUUCAGAAAUACAGGAUCAGUAAAAAUAUGCAUGGACAAACCAAUUAUACUGGCAACAAUAAAAUUGCAUCAACCACAGAAGCAACAGGCAGAAUGCCAGAAGCAAGUGGAAUUCAAAUGAAACAUUUAAACAUAGGCCUCGUGGUUGAGGAGAAAUUGGAUGAUGUGUAG